AUGAGAUUUACAGAUCACCCAGAGCUAAAGUCCAUUCUGUUCAUGGUGUUCCUUACCAUCUACCUGAUCACAAUGGUGGGGAAUCUGAGCCUGGUGGCUUUAAUUUAUAUGGAGUGUCGUCUUCACAUGCCAAUGUACAUCUUUCUGGUUAAACUUGUGCUGAUGGAUUCCUGUUGUUGUUGUGCCAUUACCCCCAAGAUGUUAGAGAACUUCUUUCCUAAGGACAGAAUGAUUUCCCUCAAGGAAUGCAUGGCACAAUUUUAUUUUCUCUGCCUUGCUGAAAGUGCAGAUUGCUUUCUCCUGGCUGCAGUGGCCUAUGACUGCUAUGUGGCCAUACAUAGGCCACUGCAGUACCACACCAUGAUGUCAAAGAAACUCUGCAUUCACAUGACCACAGGGGCCUACAUAACUGGAAAAGUGCUUUCCAUUAUUCAAUUAGGGUUUCUGUUUAGGUUAACUUUCUGUGGGUCUCACCAAAUCAAUCACUUCUUUUGUGAUGUUCUUCCAUUAUACAGACGUUCCUGUGUUGACCCUUUUAUCAAUGAACUGAUGAUAUUUGUCUUUUCAGGGUCAAUUCAAAACUUCUCCAUUACUAUAGUCCUAAUCUCUUAUCUCUACAUCCUUUUUACAAUUUUUGAAAUGAAAUGCAAAGAGGGAAGAGGCAAAGACUUAUCUACUUGUGCAUUCCACUUCUUCUCUGUCUCAGUGUUCUGUGGUUCUCUUCUCUUUGUACAUAUUUAUCCAAGUUCAGUUAAAGAAAGAGAUAAAGAUAUACCUGUCGCUAUUUUUUUAUACUUUAAUGAUUCCUUUAUUAAACCCAUUCACUUAUAG